AUGUCUGUCUAUAUCUCCAACCCAAGCAGACCAAUAAUGUCCCAACAUGAUCUCGACAUUAUCAUCAAUCAAGUCCUCAGAAGCUCUGAGGAACUCGCAAAGGCGAUGAAUGAAUUCGCAUUGGCCCAUCCGGACUCGGUCACAGCAAUGAAAAUGUUCGCUAAAAUCUGUUUCUAUACAGAGAAGGCGGACGAUGAAUCUUUCCCCGUAUAUGAGGAAGAUUUCUUUUCACAUUGCGAAAUAAACAAAAAAUUCUACGAGGACAGGUUUACUAAGCGUAUUAAUAACUUGAUCGAUCAAAUGCAUUCCAUUCCUUAUGGUAUAUAUCCUGUUACAUAUAACAUGAUCAAUCUUGCAGGAAAGACUGCCGCCAAUCGCGUAUUUGCAGGGUGCAAUGGUUUAGCAGAAUACAAAGGUGUUUCUGCAUGUACGGAACUACUAGACAUCGCUAGAGACGUCUACCUACGUAUAUACCUAUCGGAUCAGAGAUGUCUAGUACCACUUUUCCUAUAUGCCAUAAUUCAAUUAUGUAAUUAUGAAAAUAUAAUCAGUGUUCGAGACAAGUCAUUCCGUGACAAAGUUAGAACUGUGGAAAUUGAUCACAAACGAUAG